UCUGCUCACCUCAUCUGCUUCUUCCUCUCUCAUAAUGGUGGAUUCCAUCCUGUGGGUUGUUGAGAAAGGAGAACACUUCUUGGAAGCUUGCUAAUAUAUCGGGUGGUUACUUUUUGGUUGCUGAAAAUAAGAGAAAACAGGCGGUUACUUAUUGGUUGCUGAAUAAGGGAAAACAAUCGAUCCGUUGGUGCUUAUUAACCCCCUCGCGGAAGCAAACAAAAGAAUGCGAUUUCAGUUUCAACACCCAAUUAAUAUGGUCAACAAGAAGAAGAAGACAAAAAUUAAGAAGAAAGGAAGAGUGGACAUCCCCCUUUGCAUUCAAUGAUAAGGUUAUGGCAUUCGGUUCAACGCCACUGAAAACAUAUCUACCUGAUGGAGACAUUGAUCUGACAGUAAUCACUUCUCAAAAUGAUGUGGCAUAUUUGGUUAGCUCUGUUUGCAGUAUCCUUGAAGAGCAGAUUUGUGACAGUUCUCCAAUAAAGAACGUUCAAGUCGUUGAUGCACGGGUUAAGAUUGUCAAGUGCUGGGUGCAACAUAUGUGGGUGGACAUUUCCUUCAAUCAAGUGGCUGGACUUAAUGCUUUGUGCUUCCUGGAGCAGAUGGACCAGUAUAUUGGAAGGGGCAACCUUUUCAAACAGAGUCUAAUCCUGAUCAAAGCUUGGUGCUUCUAUGAGAGUCGGCUUCUUGGUUCUCACUGUAACUUGAUGUCAACUUAUGCAUUAGAGAUUUUGGUCUUGUACAUAAUCAAUAUCUUUCAUUGUUCUUUGAGCGGACCCUUGGCGGUCUUGUAUAAGUUUUUGGACUACUAUAGCACUUUGGAUUGGAAUAAAUACUGUAUUAGUGUGUAUGGUCCAGUUGACAUAAAUGUUCUUGCAAAAGCAGAUGUAGAGACAUCAGCAACCAGGGGGACUAACUUGUUGCUUGGUAAGAAUUUCCUUGAAAGCUGCAUCAAGUCUUUCUCAACUUCAAAAGGGAUGUUUGAGACCGAAAGACAAGAGUUCCAGAUAAAGCAUUUGAACAUAAUUGAUCCUCUGAAUCACAAAAAUAACUUGGGCCGUAGCAUCAGCAAAGGCAAUCUCUGUCGCAUGAAAAUUGCUUUCUCCUAUGGAUAUGAAAAGCUCAGAGACGUUCUUAAGGGACCGCUAGAAAGCAUAGGUGAAGGUGUAAUGGGAUUCCUUGUCAACACUAUCAAAUGGAGUGGAAGGUUACAAACCCUUGAUGCAGAAGUUUCUGUUGUUGAUAACCAAUCUAGCAUCUUUCACCUCAAAGGGGAUUAUAAUUGUCCCAUCCAAUGCCUAAACUAUUCCCAGUGGUAUAUUAACUCGGACGAGUUUCGACAAUCAAGCCUUCAGACAUUACCUUCUGUGGUUCAGAGCCAAAGCAUAGAGGAUGAAUUUAGUCAGAAUAUCUAUUUUGCUGGAGGUGCAGAUUGUUUUGUCCCCUCAUCAAUUGUCCAUCCAAAUGCUUCGCAGCUUUUAGAUUCUGUUUUGAGUGUCGAUGAAACAGAAAAUUACCUGGGAAAGGGCACAUCUGUACCCCCUGCAAGUUCUAAGGGAAAAUUCAAGUUGAGUGCGUCUGCUCCACCUUUCAUUAGUUCACCUGUUAGCGAGAGAGCGAAGUGUGAAGGAACAGGCUUGUUCAUCCCUAAAGUGGAUAUAGAAAGGGAGCCGAAGUCAAAAGAAAGAGAUUUGCGUUCGCCUGAGGCACAGUGCCAUGACUGGCGGAUAAACUCGUCUCAGAUGAAGAGGUAUUCAGUAGGAUCAUCGCUGAAAACCUCUACAAGUAACCGGAUGGCUGGUGGUAUCCCAUUCAAGUCGAGCAGGGUUAGGGAAAGCAGUCGUUUUAAUGUCCCGAGAGAAGGGCACUGGCUUCUUUCUUCUCGUAAAACUUCUGCUGAAUCAGACAAGGAUGCUGGAAGCAGCACUUUUGUUCUGUCACUAGAUGAUUUUCCUCUGCUUUCUAGCUGCAAAAAACCUGUCACAAGCAGAAAGGCACAGCCAGAUUCAGCUAACAAAUGAUUCCCCGUGGGCUUGCAAACUGUCCAACUGCAGAGAUCUUCGGUAGCUGUACGAGUCAUGUCCUUACCGAUGACAGAGAAGCAGCAGGUUCAUGUUUCAGACCAUCUGCGGGAUGAUGUUUCGGCCAUUUCUUCUGUAUAAAUUUCCAUUCGUGACACUUCAACCAGAUAAAUGUCAUACAAUCAAAUGCUAUGUUAAGUGCUCUAGACCGCAGAUAUAGUGGUCUCAAAUGGCAAAGGAAGUGCUACCCUCAUACAUGGCUAAAUCCUUGCUGGAUAUGUUAAAAGUAGAGAUAAUUUAAUGACUUUUUCAAGAAGAGUAGCACUUACUUUUCAUACAUAGCUAAAUCCUUACCGGAUUUUCAGUUAUGGAUUAAUGGUCAGUCCGCCUAGAAAUUGUUCCUGGAAAGCUACACCGGUUAUUUGCAGAGAAAGAAUAUCCAGUCUAUGUAGUUGUAUUUCGUCUA